UUUAGUUUUUUCAGUUUUUUUUUAAAAAAAAAAAAGAAAGAAAAAGAAAAAAAAAAAAAAGUUGACUCCGGUUUGAGAUGAAGUCCCCAAUGGUCUCCUCCGUUGUUCAAUCCUCGUCGGAAUUGUUAAUCCUCUCUCUUGUUCUUCAGCUCCGCCUUCUGACGGCCUAUCACUGAUCGGAAUCAACACUCUCUCCUCCGCCAAGCGUCAAACGAAACGGCAUUUUCAAUCUUUGCUCUCUUUGUAGAUCUCAGUCUGCGAGUUCAGCUAGUGAAGAUCGAUCGAAAACGAAUCAGACAAGCCGAGUUUCGGAUUUCUCUUGAUUAGUUGAAUAUUUUCGAAUUCCUCGAAAUGAAACCUAAUUGGGAGCUUAAGCACUGCUGCAAUCACGAGCAAGUUGUGUUUCUGAUCACCGUGUCUGUUUGUACAGUUGUUAUACUAGCGCUCUGGAGGACGAUACUGCUGAAACCAUUCAAACUUGUCACGGUGUUUCUUCAUGAGGCAAGCCAUGCCAUUGUUUGCAAGCUUACUUGUGGUCAUGUAGAAGGAAUUCAGGUUCAUGCUGAUGAAGGUGGAGCUACACAAACUCGUGGUGGCGUGUAUUGGUUGAUCUUGCCAGCCGGAUAUAUUGGCUCAUCAUUCUGGGGGAUGCUCUUAAUACUAGCAUCUACAAAUCUGCUUACUUCCAGAAUAGCUGCAGGGUGCUUUCUUGUUUCUCUUCUUGUAGUACUUUGUGUAGCUAAAAAUUGGACACUACGCGGACUGUGCAUUGGAUUCAUCAUUUUUCUUGGUGUCAUCUGGGUCCUGCAAGAAACAACGAAAAAGCUCAUUGUAUGCUUCGUUCAAACUCACAAUGAGAUGGAGACAAAGACUGACCAUUUUAUUUAUCAAAACUGCAGGUGUAAUGAACAGCCUGUUCUCAGUUUACGGGUUCAUUCAAGUGAUGCUGAGAAAUUUGCGGAAGUGUGUCCUUGCCCGUGUAACGGUGUUGGAUGGGGUAUUAUUUGGGGUUUCAUAUCAUUCAUCUUUCUUUGUGGAGCUAUGUACCUUGGUCUUGUGAUCUUGUCUUGAGCGUGGCCAGGUUCAGCUACUUGUAUUGGUGAAGAACAACUCAACUAAUUCUUUGGCUGUGAAGAUAUGUACAGCCUGCAGUUUUCUUAGAGGGGAACGGACAUUGUGGGAAUCUGCCCUCAUUUUAUUCAACACUUAAAAGAACUCCGUAAUUUGAAUUCUAUUGAUCCACAGAGUUAAAAAAAAAAAAAAAAAAAAAAUUGUUGUCAUUGAAGUUGAAUGAGAAACUAAAAGAAAAACAUUUUACUGUAAUUAUACUUAUAAUCAAGUAUAAAUGCUCUUGUUGAUUGCUCGAACUGUGUAAUUUGCUUGAUAA